GGGGCCUGACCCCGGUGGCUAACAGGGCAGGAGACCCCACCAGCAGGGAGAGUGUGAGGGGAGAGGGAGAGCCUGCAGGACAGACGCCUGGGAUCCAGCGUCCUGUAACUCUCCCUGUUCUGCCACCCUCUGAACGUUGGCCACCAUGGCUACUUCGAGGUCGCAGGCAAUGCCCGGGGAGGAGGAGACCACCAUCCUGAUGGCCAAGGAAGAGCUGGAGGCCCUGCGGAUGGCCUUCGAGUCGGGCGACCUUCCCCAGGCCGCCUCGCGUCUCAGGGAGCUGCUGGCUUCCUCGGAGUGCACCCGCCUGGAUGUGGGAGUCACCGGGGAGUCGGGGGCUGGCAAGUCAUCCCUCAUCAAUGCCUUGCGCGGCCUGGGAGCCGAGGACCCGGGCGCGGCGCUGACGGGCGUCGUGGAGACCACCCUGCAGCCGUCGCCCUACCCGCACCCCCAGUUUCCAGACGUGACCCUGUGGGACCUCCCGGGCGCCGGCUCUCCGGGUUGCUCGGCUGACAAGUACCUGAAGCAGGUGGACUUCGGCCGCUAUGACUUUUUCCUGCUGGUGUCCCCCCGCCGCUGCGGCGCCGUGGAGAGUCGCCUGGCCUCGGAGAUCCUGCGCCAGGGCAAGAAGUUCUACUUCGUGCGCACCAAGGUGGACGAGGACCUGGCGGCCACGCGCACCCAGCGACCCUCGGGCUUCAGUGAGGCGGUGGUCCUGCAGGAGAUCCGCGACCACUGCGUGGAGAGGCUGCGGGCGGCCGGCGUGGCCGACCCCCGAAUCUUCCUGGUGUCCAACCUCUCACCGGCCCGCUACGACUUUCCCACCCUCCUGUCCACCUGGGAGCAUGACCUGCCUGCCCACCGGCGCCACGCCGGCUUGCUGUCCCUGCCCGACAUCUCGCUGGAAGCCCUGCAGAAGAAGAAGGACAUGCUCCAAGAGCAGGUGCUCAAGACGGCCCUGGUGUCCGGUGUCAUCCAGGCCCUGCCGGUGCCCGGGCUGGCGGCCGCCUACGACGACGCGCUGCUGGUCCGCUCGCUGAGGGGCUACCACCGCAGCUUCGGCCUGGACGACGACUCCCUGGCCAAGCUGGCCGAGCAGGUGGGCAAGCAGGCGGGCGACCUGCGCUCUGUCAUCCGCUCGCCACUGGCCAACGAGGUGUCGCCCGAGACGGUGCUGCGGCUCUACUCACAGUCUUCGGACGGUGCCAUGCGCGUGGCGCGGGCCUUCGAGAAGGGCAUCCCGGUGUUCGGCACGCUGGUGGCGGGCGGCAUCAGCUUUGGCACCGUGUACACGAUGUUGCAGGGCUGCCUCAACGAGAUGGCCGAGGAUGCCCAGAGGGUCCGCAUCAAGGCCCUGGAGGAGGAUGAGCCGCAGCCGGAACUCAGCCUGGAGGCCGAGGGCGACAGCGCGGUGGAAAAACGGGGCGCUGGGGAGGGCGGUGGCGAGGAAGCCCCGCUCUCCACCCGCCGGAAGCUGGGUCUCCUGCUCAAGUACAUUCUAGACAGUUGGAAGAGGCGUGACCUGUCAGAGGAGAAAUAAGUGACACCCCCGCCCCCAACCCUUCUCACCCACAAACCAAGCCUUAACAAAA